AUGUAUCAACGCCCGUUGUCUUAUGCGCCUACGCCAUACAGUUAUACCCCCAAUAUAGCGCUAUCGGCGUCUAUUAAUCUGGAUGAGGAAGUAAAGCUAUCAUCCAGCUCCGCAGAGAGAGACCUCUACGAAUCUUUAGCAGAGAUAUAUAGUAUCAUACUGACUCUGGAUGGGCUGGAGAAAGCCUACAUUAAAGAUGCAAUUACGGAGUCUGAAUAUACCGAAACAUGCGCACGGCUAUUGAAGCAGUACAAGUCCAGCCUGAGCGAUGAGACCGUUGCCAAAGAGUUUGUUGAUUUAGAUACAUUCAAGCGGAUCUGGGGGCUUGAGUGUCCCAGGGCAACAGAGCGACUAAGAAUUGGUGUUCCUGUCACCGUUGAGCAGGCGUCUCACAGUGCUGCAUCUGCACCCAGCAAUCCCAACACGAGUACAUCAGGCAGUCUGAUUCUGGCGGCAACGGAAAAUUUUAUUACGUUCCUAGAUGCUCUGAAACUGAACAUGGUGUCGAAAGAUGCUCUGCAUCCACUGCUUUCUGAGAUUAUACAAUCUGUGAACAGAGUAACCGAUCAGGACUUCGAGAACAGAGGGAAGAUUAUACAGUGGCUUAUUGCCCUUAAUCAAAUGAGGGCGACGGAAGAACUGAGCGAAGACCAGGCCAGGGAACUGGCGUUUGAAAUCGAACAGGCCUAUCAGGGUUUUAAAGAUACAUUGAGUUGA